CGCCAACGGCGGACGACGACGGGGCGAGUCGCGGCCGCGGUAGUCUCGUCUGGGUGGGAGACGGGGCGGAGAAAACGCGAGCGCGUGGACAGUCUGUGCACGGUGUACGUGCGGUACGCACAAUACGCGAUAUGACGUUACGUGUGUAUCGUACAGUGAUAAUAUUAUAGUGCUGUCGUCGGCUCCGCGUAAGUCGCCACGCGCACACGUACACACGCGUUGGCGAACUCAUCUCUCGGGGCGCCCCCUCGUAUCAGCGUUCGGCGCAGAAUUGCCCACGGUAUCCGUGCGCCGGCGGCACAAGGAUCUUAUCAACGUUUUACGCGUUUACACAAACUUGCGCUGCGGCCUGUUGAUGGGGGUCUAUGUCUCUCCCGUGUCCUCGUUGACCGGGUAAAGGUUUUUUGAUUUUUUCACCACAGCGAUUUCGGAAACGUUACUUUCUCGACCGGUGCGACAAUAAAAAAAAAAAAAAACGCCCAAACUCCGUCGUUCUGUAAUCGCGUUCUCAUUGAUUCAUGAUUGUCGACAUCACAAUGUUAUUGGACCUGUUUGUUUUUACGUACACUUCGCGUUAAACUUAUCUCGUCAUCCGCUUUCGAGUUUCGUACUGAUUAUUUUUCGUUUAAAUUUAUCCCGAGCAGAGCUGUGCCCAUUAAGAGGAGACCUCUUAUUUUAUUUACCUACCUGCUGUUAAUUGUUAUUAUUGUUAAUUAUCGGACACCAGUCUGUCGUUAAUCGAACGCGUCGUAGCCCGGUAGGCUCAAUCACAAGUGGCGUUUAUGUGUGUGUUUGCUGUGUUGUAGUUGCGGAGCAUCCGUCUUCUAUUUAGGUAUUGUUCGAAUCUUAUAUUUUAGUCCAGUGAUAUUUUUAUUAUAAUGAACUCCACGGACGACGAAUAUUGGAAUGAAAAAAGUUUUGAAGGAUUUAGCUUUGCAGAUGAGGAAAAAGAAUUGAAUUCAACUAAGAAAAUUCUACCAGAAUGUGAAGGUUUACAAAUUGGAUCAACAAAAACCAAAUUAGAAAAUGUUGAAUCAUUGGAUACACUACUCUCAAAAGACAUUUUAGAUAAAAUAUUUAUGAAGCAUAACUCAAAGUCACAUAAAACAAAUUCAACUCAAAAAAAACUUAAUUUUAUUAAAUCUACAAUAGAAAAUAUUGUUAUGUCUUCUAUGUAUACACUAGAACCAUAUCGAAGUUUAGAAGAAAAAACAAUGUUAUUAAAAGAAGCUUUAGAUACAGAAGAUGGAAAUGCAAUACUAACUAUUGUUUUAUUUUUAACAAAUACUUUGAAAAAAGGUAUUUUUCAGCGUAUUUUACGCGAUAAUCCUAUUGCUGCUUCUCAUUAUGUUCAUUAUUUAUACUCCAAACAAUAUAUUGACGAAUUAGUUGACACUUUAGAAAUGUUGGGACGAACAAAAGAUGCAAUGAUGAUGUUAUUCAAAUUUGGAUGUCGAAAUCCUCAAAACUGUUUGCAGAGAUUCAAUGUUUGUGUUAAUCUAGCAGAUGAACAAUAUGAUAAGCAAAUUAUAUUACAGCUUAUUCAUUUAGUUGGAAAAAGUGCGCAAUUCAUGUCAGUUGUUUCACUGGUAUCUGAUAAAUGUAAGGAGCAACAAAAUAUUCAAUCUUGUCGUCUGUUAGCUAAUGAAUUUAACUUGAGUACUAAACAGUUAGAAGCCACAUUAUUAAUAACAUUUUGUCAACUACAAAAUUGGAUUCUUGUGGAUGACAUGUUAUUAAACAAAAAUUGGCUCGGAAAGGAUAAAUUAGCUUUAUCACUACCUAUUGGUGAAACUGUUAAACUAUUACACAAUAAUGGUGCUCCAUCGUCUUCAUUAACUCGUUAUAUAAAAAUAAUUAAAGAUUCAGAUGAGCGUUUAGAAUUGGCUAAGAAAUUCAAUUGUCACCAUAUAAUUAUAGAUGAUUUUGCAUCGAAAAAAGAUCGUAGAGGAUUAUUAGUAUAUAAGACGACUUUACAAAAACAAUCUGAAAGCUAUUGUUAUGCCGAUGUUAUUUUAAAAAGUCCAAAUACGAAAUGGAAAAAUUAACAACAUUAGUUAUAAUUUGUUAGUCAUUACUCAUUACCAAUUUAAUAACGCAUUAAAACAUUUGAACAAAAUUAAGACUGAGACAGAUUAUUCAUGAUUUGCAAAUUAUUCGCCUAUAUGUAUCAUAACAUUUAAUUUUAUGCAACUUUUUUUUAAAUUUAAACAUUUAUGAUUUACAUUGUAUACAUUUGAAUAUA